AUCCGGAGCCUAACCAAUAAAUUUCAAUACCCAACCCAAGCACUCUCAGGCGCGUAAUCACAACCCUGCCCUUUCAUUAGCCCCGUGUCCUACACGCUCCUAACCGCGAGUGAACACUGCCUCUUGCGUCCGAUGAUAUCGAAAAACUGUACUUUGUGUUUCACCGUCUUCCUCAAGGAUGAAAAACAAACCCUAGAUUUCUAAAUCUACCAGAAAUUGCAGCUUGAUUGUUUUCAAACUCAACAAAAUCGAUCAGAGCGUGAGACUCUUCGAGGCAUUUUGGCCCCAAAAGUUGAGGUGCACGCCACACGUUUGAGGCUCGUGUGUGUCGCGUUUGAAGCGCACGCGUCGCUUUUUUUGAGGCUUGGGCAUUGCGUAAUGUGGCGCGCGGAUUCGCGUUUUCAUAACCAUAUGAGGAUAUGGAUAUGGAUUUUAUGGACAUUGAUCAGAUAGAGGAGGUUCCCGACACCCCCGAGAGAUUCAUAACAACAUAUGACAAAUCUAAUACUGAUGGCAACAACUCUGGAAAUCAUAGUAAUGGAUCGAGUAGUUGCCGUGUGAUCGAUCGGGAUCACUUUAAUCAAAAGCUGAGAAACGAGCCACGGGAAAAGGGCAAAUCGGUCGCCUUCAAUGGGAGCCGAAGAUUAUUCGUUCGAGCCGAUAAUUUCAACAGUUCCCCAGGUACCAGUUUCGGGAAAUCACCGUCUUCCAAGAAUGUUGUGCCUACAGUAGAACACCCACACCAUGAUAAAGGGAAAACUUCUAGUAAUUCUAGUAGUUUUGUUGAUUUGACUGAACAAAACGGGCGGAAUCAUGUUUAUGGGUUAAAUAACGCGAUCAAGUUGGGUCCUAAAUCUGACAAUGGAAAACGAGUUGCGUUUGGCGCUCAACAAAAAGCUGAAAAUGGUUCGUCUUCAUCGGUUAUCACGCCAUCGAGAGUUAAUAGGCAUAUAAGGUUUGUGAAAAAUGGAUGCAUAUCGCCUCUUAACAUAGCGAAAACUAAACCGGUUGCAGAGAAGGAUGACAUCAGCACGGGGGCACAUACCGUGUCUGAUGGUCCGUCAAGUAAGGUUGAUAUUAAGGAUAUAAUUUCCGAAGCUAAAGAUGCACAUAGGUUAAAGGGAAAAGGUGUAUCUCAUCAUCCAAUUUCUCUCGAAAAUUCCGACCCAAGAAACACACAUUUAUCUCAAAGGAGGCCUGUAGUUUUAAAAGAAGCAACCAAUGCUAAUAAAGACUCGAAAGGAUGGAUAACCACCCACGGUAAUACGAGAAAGGUAGACCCCACAUCAGUAAACAGCGAUCAAAACAUAGCAAGAGGUAAGUCUGCAUCUAGCUCUGUUAACGGCCAAUUAAAGAACGGCAAGGUACACGCGGACCUCAGAAACGGAAGUACCUCUAGUAGUUUUAACAACCAUUUCGAUGAUUUAGAGCGUGCGCAAUUUACAAAAAGACAGAAGGAGGGUGUUGGUUCUAGUAAUAUAAGGGAAGAGGAUGCGGUAUAUGUUAAUAACGCUGACGUGGCGUCAUCUAGCCUAAAUGCGGGUCCUUCGAGUUCAAGAUCAAUUAGAAACAAGAACCGUCGUGGGGCUGGCAGUUCAGAUCAAGCGAUCGUGAUUGAGGAGUUAUCUCAUGAAGGUAGAAACAAGGGGUCCAGUAGUAAUGAGGAUUCGACUGUUAGGGCGUUACAGUUGGAAGCGGAUGAGAGGCUGGCUAGAGAACUGCAGGAGCAGUUAUACAAUGAAUCGCCAGCUGGAUUUGGAGUUGACGAGAUGGACUCACACCAUGCAUUGGCAAUGGCGAUGCAGCAGGAACGCAGUCUACAUGCUCGUGGUCGGGGUCGGGGUCGUGGUCGUGGCCGUUCUACUUCUCACGCACGGUCAAGUUCUUCCCGGAGCGUUCUAAGUAAUAGGACACAAACUUCUAGUUCCACAAUAUUGGCUAGAAUGAGAGGGCGGUUCCCAGGACGCCCACGUACGAUAUCAACAAGGAGUUCCAUAUUUCCUUCAAACAUGGAUGUUGACAUGAGAAUGCAUAUACUUGAAGCGCUAGAGGCGUUUAACGAUAUGGAGUUGCCUAAUAACUUGUUUAACGAUAUGGAGUUCCCUAAUAACUUGUUUCAAGUAGGACGAGAAUUCAACGAGAAUGAUUAUGAAAUGUUGCUCGCUCUUGAUGAUAACAAUCACCAACAUGGAGGUGCAACUAAUGCUCAAAUAAAUAAUUUGCCACAGUCAACAGUUCAGGCGGAAAAUCUCCAAGAGUGUGCGAUUUGUCUUGAAGCUCCUAAUGUCGGUGAAACGAUACGACAUCUUCCUUGCCUUCAUAAAUUUCACAAAGAUUGCAUAGAUGAAUGGCUUAGAAGGAAAACAUCAUGCCCGGUAUGCAAAUCAUCGGUCACUUGAUUCGCUAGUUUUUAUUUUAAUGGGCUAAGAGUAUGUCUUCUUGGAGUAGUAUAAUACAAGUUGCUUUUGAUUGUAACCAAUUUUGGGUUAUACUCUAUAAAUCAUUUGUAUACCUUUUGAUCCAAGGCAGUAUGACAUUUUUUAAAUUUCAUAUUUA